AUGGGGGGACUAGGAGACAUGUGCAACGAGGCAUCAAACACUGUGACCAGCAUCCUUCAAAGCUAUAUCAUCUUUGCAUAUGGAUUCAGUGAUGAAUACAGUUUUGUAUUCAAGAAAACGUCAAGAUUCUACCAAAGACGAUCCAGUAAGAUUUUGUCGUUGGUAGCUUCCUUCUUUGCUGCAGCGUACGUAACAAAAUGGAAAGAGUUCUUUCCCCAAAGAAAACUAGAAUAUGCUCCUUCUUUCACCUCAAAGGUUGUAACUUGUGCAACGCCAGAGGUUCUUCAAGUUUAUCUCGCGUGGAGACAACAGAACUGCCACGCCAAGAAUCAGUAUGAAACUUGUUUUUGGAUGUUAGUUAAAAGUGGAAAGACCAUAAGUGAAACACAAGAGGUUCUUAAGGAUACACAAAAGCAGCAGAAAAAUGAGCUUCUCUUUCAGAAAUUUGGUAUCAAUUACAAGACUCUUCCUGAAUUGUUUCGCCAAGGAUCAUGUCUUUUCAAAACAAAGGUGGAAGAAACUGUAAAGCAUGAUGAGAACGGGAAUCCUGUAAAAAGAUUGAGGAGAAAGGCUGUUUUAGUACAUUCAGAGAAUAUUGCUGCAAGAAGCUUUUGGAAUGAGCACCCUUCCCUCUAUAAUGAUCUUGGUUACUUCACGAAAGAUAUUGGCAGAAGUGAACCAGAUUUUGUUAGGUCGUUUCAGUUUGAGAACAAACUGUUACCUUUAACUUGGGUUGUGGUUAGGAUUGACGGCUGUCAUUUUCACAGAUUUUCUGACGUUCAUGAAUUUGAGAAGCCAAAUGAUGAGAAAGCUCUGAAACUUAUGAAUUCAUGUGCAGUGGCUGUUCUCGAGGAGUUUGAGGAUAUUCAAUUUGCCUAUGGUGUCAGUGAUGAGUACAGCUUUGUUUUGAAGAAAGAAUCUGAGCUCUACAAAAGACAAUCCAGUAAGAUAGUAUCUCCAAUCGCAUCCCUGUUUACAUCCACAUAUGUGACAAAAUGGGGAGAGUUCUUCCCUCAGAAAGUACUGAAGUAUCCUCCAUCCUUCGAUGGACGAGCAGUAUGCUAUCCAACGUACAAGAUUCUUUUGGAUUAUCUGGCUUGGCGACAAGUUGACUGCCAUAUUAAUAAUCAGUAUAAUACAUGUUUCUGGAUGCUUGUCAAGUCCGGAAAAACCAAAACUCAAUCCCAAGAUUACUUAAAGGGAACACAAGCACGAGAGAAAAACGAGCUGCUUAGCAAUCAAUUUGGAAUCGAGUACAAUUCAUUACCUCUAAUCUUUCGAAUGGGCUCCUCUGUAUUCCGCUUAAAGGAAUCUGCUGCAGUGGAGAAUGGAGUAGUCUCUGGGAAGAAACUGAGACUGGAGGGAGAAGUGGUGGUAGAUCAUUGCAACAUCAUCGAACGCUGUUUCUGGGAAGAACACCCACACAUUCUUAGCUAUUCAUAAACACAGCUGCGUUUCACUUCACUUGUAAGACUAAUUAGUUGCAACUACUUUUGAAUAUCAUUUUUUCGCCAACAAUGAAAGGCAAUGCUGAAUCAAUUUAGUUA